UGGGUCCGGCAGUUGCCAGCGGGGAGUGGGAGCGGGAGGAGAGCCUCGCCGCCGGGUCGCCGCUAUGAGUUGAAAACCAUUGGCCACCACCUCCUCCUCCUCCUCUCUUCUUGACACCUCAGAUCUCGUUACAAUGGUCAGCGCCUCCAGUCUGCUGCUGCUGCCGUCCUCCGUGCGGGACCUCGCCUCCUGCGUCGUCGCCGACGUCGCCGCCUGCACCACCCCCUCCUCCACCCUCACCUCCCCCGCCUCCCCCUCCACGCUCUCCGUCACCGUGUUCUACCGCGCCACCGCACUCCUGCCCGGCCACAGCUCUCCUCUGCAUCUGCGGCUCACCUGGACCCGCUCCCCGCUCGGCCCCACGCUCUCCUUCUCCCCCUCCGCCUCCAACCCCGCCGUGGUCCUCCGCAGGCGCAGGGGCACGCAGUCCGUCUCCGUUGACGACGCCGCACAGCCACAGCUCGUCGCGUUCUGGGACCUCACCGCCGCGCGCUACGACGCCUCCCCGGAGCCGCACUCCGGCUACUACUUCGUCGCCGUCGCCGGCGCCGACGUCGUGCUGGCUGUGGGCGACCUGGCGGCCGAGUUUGUCGAGGAGAGGUUCGAGGGCCGGAUCCCGAACCCGAAGGCGGCGGCUUUGACCGUCCCGUUCGCGCGCAGGGAGCGCGUCGUUGCGCCGGACCCGGCGGCGAUGCACACCGCGCGGCGCGUCCGGUUCGCCGAGGGCGGCCCGGAUCACGAGGUAAGCGUAGGAUGCUCCGGCGGCGCGGAAGAAGAAGAGCUGUGGGUGAGCGUCGACGGGAAGCGCGCGGUGCAGGCGCGGCGGCCGCGGCUGAACUUCAGGGGGAACCAGACCGUGUUCGUGGACGGCGCGCCGGUGGACGUUAUGUGGGACCUGCACGGCUGGUGGUUCCGGGAGCCUCCGUACGGCAGCGCCGUGGUCAUGCUCCGGGCGCGCAGCGCGCUGGAGAGCCGGCUGUGGCUAGAGGAGGAGGAGGUCGCUACCGCCGCGCCGGGGUUCUCCCUCGUCCUCCAGGCCUUCAAGUCCCGCGCUGAUGGGCUAUCAUCUGCCCCUGCCCAUUGAUCAUACAUGUAGCUACUUCCGUAGUUCCAUUCAAAUGAGAAGAAGUCGAAGGGAUCAGCAAGUUUACAAGCAACAUGAUCAUGAACAUAACAGGUGAUAUGCAUCGAUGUGAGUGUGUAGUGUAGGCAAAUUUCAUCUCCCUUGCUAGUUGAUUUUACUCUUCUCCGAAUCAUAACUUGUGAUGUGUGCAAGUACAGUUAACAAAGGACAGCAAAAAAAUAAAAUAAAAAAAGUGUGCAAUAGUUUGGAUC